AUGUCUGGAUCUAAUGAAUGUGUACGUAAGAAGAGUGGCUUGGCGGGUUUAAUGACGACUUUGGGAAUGGGAUAUGUGGGUGCAGUAUUAGUGCAUUGGAAGAGCCAGGGACUUGGCUGGGUUUUGCUGGGUCUUAUGAAUUCUCCGGUAUCUUUGGUGGCGGAUGUAAACUUAGCUGAUUUAGCUGUCAUAACUGUGCUGAGUGUAAUGCACUGGAUGCUGGUGCGGAAGUGGAGUCGAGGUCGGAUUUCUGGGGAGAAGAUGGUGAUUGGACUGGGGGCUGUGAUUGCUUUGUGGCUGCCGGUGCAGAAGGCCGUAUCUGGUGGCCGAGUGAGUGCUGGAAUGGCUUUGCUGUCUGGUUUGAGUAUUUGGCUGGUAGUGGUGUAUGAGUGUUUAUGGGGACGAGAUGUCCUGGAAGGCGAGAAGAGUGGUGAUGGUGGGGGAGUAAAGAUGGGAUUGUUGCGGUACUUGGUUCGACGAACGAGUAUUUGGCAAGUUGGGCUGGUUAGUGCUGGUCCGGUACUUGGUGCUUGGCUGCUGGCUAGAAGUGGUGAUGGUAGUAUUUUGGGUUUAGGAAUGGCUUUGGCUGGAGUGAUUUUUGAUGGAUGGGUGGUCUUUGGCCUGUUGCACUUUAUACUGCAUACGCAUUUGUACAACAUUAAGCACUUCUCCCAGGGGAUUACUGUUUUGGCCGAUGAGAAUAGUGAAGAUACGUUGUACAACUAUAUGGUGCUGAGUAAUUACAAUGACGGUUUAGUGGAGGAUAAAGAGACGAAGGAGAAGAACCGAGAAGUAUUGUAUGGCAAUUUAUUGAGUGUACUGGGAAAGAUAGAGGAUAUGAUGUUUUUAAUUGCACGGCGGCAAGUAGUUAGAACUAAUGUCAUGCCGAGUGAGAAGAUUAGGAAGGUCCCGGAGAUGUUACUGUGCAACCGUGAGACCGGAGGAGUAGUUGAGUACGAUAUGGGUCCAAGACUGGUUUCAAAAGGAAUUUGCUAUCUGUUUGGGCGGUUGGUGUAUGCCCAGGCCCUGGAGAAGGCGAGACGGGCCCGGCCAAUUGUGGAAAGAAUGAAGAAACUGGCCUGGCAGAUGGAUGUGUCUAAAAGGAAGCGAAUUAUGCAGGCAUUAGGAAAUAUUAAGCGUGAAAGUGAGAAGGUCGCUAUGGUAAAUACGGGAGAAUUACUGCGAAUGGUAGAUCUAUGGGUCUGUGGGUUUUCAUCGUAA